AUGCGUCCACCAGCGUGUGUCCCCCAGAACAUGUCCCCCAGCAGGUGUCCCCCAGCAGGUGUCCACCAGCAGGUGUCCCCCAGCAUGUGUCCAUCAGCAUGUCCCCCACAGGGUGUGUCCCCUGAGCAGGUGUCCCGCAGCGUAUCCAAGAUGUGUCCAUCGAGUUCUAUUUUUGAGUGUGUUAAAAUGUUUGUCAGAGUCUUUCUCAGGUUGGUUCCAGAGCUGGACACGUUUGGUUGCAAACUGAUGUAGGAUGUGUUGGAAUCUUUUAAGACCCAUCCAAUCUUGUUACAGUGAACCGGCCCUGUGGUCCAAUACUUAAUGGUCCAAUACUGCAGUGGGACCCAGGAUGAACCCUAGUGAGAGACUAAAGGGGAAAUGUGUAUGAUUUUUACUGUACUCCUAGCAUGAACACAAGCAAAAAUGACCAGUAAACAUCUGCAGUUAAUGUAUUAAGUUAAUGUUUGAAAUAGUAUUUUUCUACAAAAUGAAUCAGAGUGCCUGACAUAUUCCCCUUUUUAACUUUCUCACCGGUCCGUCUAUCAGUUUGCAUUGACUUGUAAUCUCCUUAUAGGCUAAUCGCUUUAUACACUAGCAGUUCCAUUCUUUCCAGCUUAAAUCACCCUGGUCUCACUUGGUAAGGGAAAAAGAGGAGGAAACUAGUCUUUUUUGUAUUGCCCGCUAGGAAGGUCCCAGCGACUGCUAGCUAGAGACUGUGAAAUGUGUGAGUUGAGCAAGCAGGCAGUGAGCUUGCCCUAACACGUCUUGAUCCAUGUGACUUUCUGGUGAUAAUGAGGUGUGUGUGUGUGUGUGUGUGUGUGGAGCGGGGGGUUAUCAUGAUUCUUUGGAAUAAAUUGGACAUGAUCACAUUGGGGGAAGGAAUGAAAAUAAAGGUCUUAAAGAAGGAAUUGUAUGAAAUAAAAAUGAAAGGAUGUGCAAAGCAAAAUCCAGAUUGUUACUGAAUGUAUAUGGACUAAAGCAGGUGUAAUAAGUAUCACCAAAGAAUGGGAAACAUGUAUCAUUGCUAUACAAGUCUGCAGCACAUUAUCUGCAACCCAAUUGCCUGACUUGAGCCUGAAUCACUGAGUUGAAUCACAAAAGGGAUCUUAACGACGAUGAGAGGUACUGUCUAGCCAUCGUCAAAUUUUUAUACAUCAAAUUAUACGCUUUUUAUGUUUCACUUCCUGACCUCAUUUGAAUGUGUACUGUACUGUAUAUAGCCAUGGAAAGUAGAACAGCCUAUAUUUCGCCAUCUUGGUUCCAUGGGUCAUGUGACUCAUUAAUUUUUACCAUAGACUUUUCAGAAAAGGCACCGGUUGUGAAUGUUUACAAUGAUCAAUCAGUUCACGAAGCUAUCAAGUGAGCUAUCACCUUCAAAGCUCGGAAAUCACGAUGGCAAAAUGUUGAAAUAUUGGGGAAAAGUAAAGGCUGGGAGGUAGUAUGCUGGACGUGGGGAAGUGGCCAGUGUUUGCCCUUCUGCCUCCAGAGGAACUGCGUCUGAUCCGACAGGCCUGUGUGUUUGGCAGUGCUGGCAAUGAAGCCCUUUAUGUCACACUCAAUGACGAGGUGUUUGCCCUGGGCACAAACUGUAGUGGUUGUUUGGGUCUGGGGGACCUCCAGAGUACCAUAGAGCCGCGCAGGAUUGACGUGCUUUGUGGGAAGAAGAUCGUCUCUUUGAGCUACGGGACCGGCCCCCAUGUGGUCAUCGCUACUGCUGAUGGAGAGGUGUUUGCCUGGGGCCACAAUGGCUACAGCCAGCUGGGGAACGGAACCACCAACCACGGCCUGACACCGGCUCAGGUCUCCACCAACCUGUUGAACAAGAGGGUGACGGAGGUGGCCUGUGGCUCCCACCACACUAUAGCCCUCACCGUGGAUGGAGAGGUAUUUGCAUGGGGCUACAACAACUCUGGCCAGGUUGGUUCUGGGUCCACAGCCAACCAGCCCACUCCACGACGGGUCAGCAGUUGCCUCCAGAACAAAGUGGUAGUGAACAUCGCGUGUGGUCAGCUCUGCUCCAUGGCAGUGCUGGACAAUGGGGAGACCUACGGCUGGGGAUACAACUGCAACGGGCAGCUUGGUCUGGGGAACAACGGCAACCAGCAGACCCCGUGUCGGAUCGCGGCUCUACAGGGGGUCAACAUUGUACAGGUUGCCUGUGGCUACGCCCACACGUUGGCGCUGACUGACGAGGGCUGCGUUUAUGCUUGGGGUGCCAACUCUUACGGCCAACUGGGCACGGGGAAUAAGAGUAACCAGGCGGUGCCCACGCUGAUCAACACUGACAAGGAGAGGAUGGUGGAGGUAGCGGCGUGUCACACCAGUCAUACGUCUGCCGCCAGGACCCAGAGCGGUCAGGUGCUGAUGUGGGGUCAAUGUCGGGGUCAAGCUGUGGCCUGUCCCUACCUCACCCACUUCGCCAGCACGGACGACGUAUUUGCCUGCUUCGCCACGCCCGCUGUCACGUGGCACCUCCUCACCGUGGAUGGCGAUGACUAUUUGACUGUUGCCCAGUCUCUGAAGAAGGAGUUUGACAGUCCGGACAUCUCAGAUCUGAAGUUCCUGGUCGAUGGGAAGUGUAUUCAUGUACACAAAGCUUUGCUUAAGAUCAGGUGUGAACAUUUCCGUGCUUUGCUGAACGAGACAGAUGAGGAGUCCAUCGAGAUCCAGCAGUUCUCUUACCUGGUUUACAGAGCCUUCCUGGAGUACCUGUAUACUGACACCAUCAACCUGCCACCUGAGGACGCCAUAGGUCUCUUAGACUUGGCUACGUUUUACCGUGAGACGCGUCUGAAGAGACUCUGUCAGGAGACCAUAAAGAGAGGCAUUUCUGAGGAGAAUGCUAUCACACUGCUAUCUGCUGCUGUCAAGUAUGAAGCCAGGGACUUGGAGGAGUUCUGCUUCAAGUUCUGUGUCAACCACCUGACAGCCGUCACCCAGACGCAGGCCUUCGCUGAUAUGGACCACGAGCUGCUGAAGACCUUCAUCAGUAAAGCUAGCCGUUAUGGAGCCUUCAAAAACUGACGACUCCAGUUGAGACUCUGGGCUGGGUUGUACCAUCGAUCAGUAUGGCUUGGAGAUGAGACUGAAGGGAUGAGGGGAGUGGAGGGUUAAAAGAGGCCUAUUCACUCAUUCACGGCAGCUGUAUGUCUUCUGUGUAUGCAGGAGAUGUAUGCCUUUUAUAAGGAAUGGAUAUCUCUGUAUAGGGCUGUUUGGGAUCAGGUAUACUAAGUAUAAGAUGCUGUUGAGAUAUUGAAGGAACUGGAGGACAGGGAGGGGUUAAAGGGCGAGGUGAGGGUGAGACCCGGAAACCAAAGUGUAAAAACCAGCAAAUCCAGUCACACCUGGCCCUGGUUCAAAGGUCAAAUAUGAACUGAACCCGGGAAAAAAGAAGCUCAACUGUGGAGGCUUGGCUGUUGCAGUGGUACCCCAGUUACCAUGCGUUUUAAUGUGGAUUAGGACCACGCACAUAUCCCAUAGGACAGUAGGGGUCAACUUCUCACAAGGGACCCUCCCUGAUGUCCCAUCUAUCUGGAUUGUUCCAGAGUCUUAUCUAGUCAAGGACUCAUCUAAUUAUCAAGUCCUUGACUAGAUAAGACCGUCAGGCUAGUUCAGGGCUACAGGCGACAUUCUGAAUCCUCUCGGUCUCCAAGAGCAGCGGUGUGAUAACUAACACUAUAGGGCACUUUAGUAUUGUGUGUGGGUCCUUAGUAACUACUGCCAAAAGCAGCUGCUGGAAGAAGGGAGGAGGGGGGGGGGGGCACUUCAUCUGGCCAAAGGCCACAGGUAACCGUGGGAAUAAGAAACGGUUUGGGAGCGGUCUCUCCAGCCACACAGCUUCUCUUCCACACUGUUAUUAAUAGACCACACUGGCACGGAGCAGAGGACCAACCAACCAAUGAAGGCCAUCUAGAAGAUGAGUGGAUUCGCUCAGCAACUGCUGGUAACAGUGUUCCUGUUCUGCAGUGGGCAGGACACAGAUCAUUCCCAUGUAGCUGAGGAAAGGCUGGCGUUCCACUAGCAUUUCUAUUAACUUGACUUGAUUUAGCAUGCCAGCGGUGGACUACAUGUGGGAGAGACCGCUCCCAAACCAUUUCUUAUUCCAGCUGCACCCUUUGGCCAGAUGAAGUGUGCUGUACUGUUUUGGAUGUAGGGAGCAAUUUGGGACAGGCAGUUUGUUUUCCAUCCUGGCCUUUAUUCGUUAAUUAUCUGCCAGGACCGAAAUGUUGAUGGAAACUCCGAAAUUAAAGCGCACUAAUAAACAAAUGUUUUAGUGGGGAACAUUUCACAUGUUUCUGACAGCUUGUUUUUACUGGAAGUUAUUUAUAGUUUUACUUGACCAAAUACAUUUAUGCAUUUUUUUUUUAUUUAUUCAGAAGGUCAAAGGUUAUUUAGCCAUGGUCAUGUAUAAUGUAGGGUGCUGCUUAUAAUACAUUUGCUUUUGUCAUUGAUAUUACUGCUUUUAUAUUGACCAUCUGCACAAACUGAUUCAGGGUGCUCUCGUCACCUUCAUUAAGCUCUCAAGUUUUACAGAGCUGUCUUUUGGGAGCUACAUUAGGUCUUAAUCACAUUAACAAGAGUUAUUGGGACAAUUAACUGAAGUAACAUGCAUAAUAUUAUUCAUAUAGGCCGGUGCUAGCUAGCUUGUUCGGUGUUAGCGUCAGGCCAUGUUGCUUUUCAUGAUGUCCUUGGUCCAAAAUGCCUCAGCUUGAUGUUAAAUAGUUUGAUGUGACUAUCUCUUUAUGAUGUGUAGGAGAGGGGAGAAUUAUUCUGAUAUCCGUUUGGAGAACGUUUUUGUUAAGAAGGCAAGGACUUACAUGCUCAUGUGGGUGUGGGAACACCCUCCAGAUGGAUGUGGUUAUUGAAUCCGGAAGGAAAUUAGGUGUCAUCCAUUAAAGUAACUGGAUUGUGAAAGCACUUUAACGGGUCUCCAGUUCCACAUGGCAUUCAUAGAUUGUGCAAUUACAAGACAUCCAACACAAUUGGGGGGAAUGCUUUGUUUUAAAUGCAAGUUAAUGUACAAGAAUAUUUUAAUAAACAUUGAUGGAAACUAA